AAAAAAUACAACGAAAAUUUUAUUCAGGAAAAUAAAGUUGCAGUGUAUUAGCGAAAAUGUCCAAGCGCAUACCCAAAGGGAUAAAGGAUGGAACUCCUUUAAAAUUAACAAGAAGUGAUUUAUAUCGAUGCAAUAAACAGAACAGACACGCUGAUAUGGCAAGGCUAGAAGUGCUACGUAAUAAUGGUGCAGUUAAGAAAAAACUGAACAACUCAACUAAAAUGAAGAGACAGUGCCAAGAAUUGACGAGAAAUGAUAAAGCCGCUGUAAAAGAAAGCAACAAAAGCAGUAAGAAAUGUGUUUUCACAGAACAAAUCAAUCCAAAGAACAGUCAAAAAAUUAAUAUUAGGAAACGUCUGGAUGAGUUGUUCCAAAAAGAACUACAUAAUGUUCGUAAAAAAUGUCGACAGUGUGAAAAGGAAGACUUUAUAAAAAGAAACGCUGUGAAAUACGACCAGUGUGAUAAGAUGCUGGAUGGAGAAGAUCGUAGUAGCAUAAAGUAUAGAACUUACAACCAAAACACUACACCUGUUAAACAGAUGAGUGUUCUAAGCAAAAGCCUACUAACCACAUUACAUGACACCGAUGAAGUGCUUCCACAGAAAAAAAAUCUUUUUAAUGGAAAGGAAUAUUAUAGUACAGAACCGAAUCUCAAAUUCACUAUAUCUAGUGAAAAAAACCUGUUCACAACUGAUCGAACUUCUACUGACUCAUGGCAUGAGUACACAUCAACAUAUAACAAAUACAGUAAAGUAGCUGACAUCAAUCGAAAACUUGUUAAGAUUUUCGGGUUCGAGUUACCGGUUGUUAAAAUGAGUUACAAGCAGCCACUGGGUUCAGAACAAAUAGGUCGUGAAAAAAUAUAUGCAUGGAAUAGAAAUAUUAGAUCAGAUCACUUAAAAAAAUAUAUGAAAGAAAUUAUAAAAUACAUUCAACGUAUUGCACAAAAACCUGGAGACACUCUAACCGCAGACAUUGGAAGCAACAGUGAAUUCCUGGGUUGCCAAAAAAAUAUGAUGAAGAGCGAACUGAAAGCACUAAUGUCACAAUAUUUUAGUGUCGAUUACGAAUCGACUACAUCUAGUUUAACAGAGCAAAGCAAUGCAAAUGUUCUUAUGCAAAAUGCUGUCAAAAAAAUCGCUGUAAGCAAACAAGGGGAAGAAAUGUCUGGUGAGUAUUGCAAGGGAGACAUGUCUGAUGAGUAUUGUAAGGGAGAAAUGUCUGAUGAGUAUUGUGAGGAAGACACUUUGGAAAUGCCGUGUAAAAUAAUUAUAUCUACACAAGUACUUAGAAAAAAUGAAGUGUCUACUUCUUAUGGAAGUAACGAAGAAGUUGACUUUCGCCAUUUGACUGCUUCCACACAAAAGGGUUCAAUUUUCAGGAAAUAUGAUGCUGUGGAAUAUAGACGUCCCAAAUAUUCAAAAUUAUACAAAUUAUACAGACAUAAAAAAUUUAAAGAAAGAAGUGGAAAUGAUAUAUUAAGUAAUAACAAUUAUUACAAAGAUUUUGAAGACGUUGAUACCUACAAAGAACAUAUGAACGUAGUGCCUAAAGUAUAUGAUCCUAAAUCUGUAAUAUGCAAACAUCUGAAUUCAGGAAAACGGGAAAAUAAUGCUAAAUAUAUCUAUUACAGAGUUAAUGAACAGUUCGAGAAAACUAAUACUAAUGAGCGGGCGACUCGAAAUAUAAAAGAUAUGAAUAAACAAAAAAGAAACUCUAAUAACUCUAAUAUUCCAGCAAAGGUUGAUAAAAGAAGACACUCACAUGAAUUUGCAGACAAUGGGAAAAAGAAGAAAGAAACACAAAUCCGAAUGCCAGACAAAGAUCAAGUGCUUAUCCAUAAAAUGAACAUAAAAGACAGGACCAUCCUGCGUAAAGGUCAAAUGCCUGCCUAUAACAACAUCGAUAGACGGAAUCAAAAUCACAAGGAAGAAUAUCACCAUGAUUCUAUUAAGAGAUCUAUUGGUAAAUAUACAAGAAAACACAUAAAACGGGGUACAAACCAAUAUAACGAUAUGAGUUUUUCCUACAAAUUGGACAAGAACCAAAAGGAAACAGCCUGUGACAAAGCCAAAAUCUGUAAGAACAACAGAAGUAAGCAUUCUAAAAUAUAUGCAAGAAGAAAUGGCCUAUUUGAUCUUGAAAAAGUGUUGUUAGAAGCUAAUAAACAUACUAAAGAAAUCAAUAAAAAAAAAUGUUCAUACACUUACGUACAAAAAAUAGUAGCUUCUCCACAUAAAAACUACAAUCGAUCAAAUGUAGUAACAGUUGAUAUAGUGGAUGAACAAAAAGAAAGAUCGAAAACCUAUGCAAAGAAUAAACAAGCAGCAGUAAAAAGAGCUGAAGAACUGUCAAGUAAACUUAAAUCCCACAAAACAAUUGUUAAAAAACAUACUGAUAUAAGUCCAAAACAAGAACAGUACUUCGAAAACAACAACGGUUCGCAGUCUUAUAUUUAUCAAAAGCCCAAUAAGAUGACGGAUUCGGUUAGAAAGCUUCGUAAGAAUCAAAAUAAUAAAGGAAUUGAUGUAAUGAUGAAACAAACAUAUAUAAAACUUAUUAAUCGGGAGCUUUGUAAUAAGAAACAGCUUACUGAAGUAUUCUACGAAAAGCUAUGCAUAUUAAAGGGCUUUGAAAGUGAAGAUGAAACAAGUAACUACUUAAGUAAACUGGAGAGCGGGAAAAACUUUGUUAUACAAAACCAACUUUAUGAAUACCCAAAUAACAAUAGACAGGUAGGAGAACUUAAAAUUGAUGAAAAGUUGCCGGUUUACAAUAAUUGCGAUUGCGACACGAGUCAAUCUGAUGAAUUUGAGAAAUAUCAGGUUUUCGCAUUACAUGAUAAACUCCUUAAUAAGAAAAAAUCGAUUCCUGCAAAACUUGUGAGUGAAGAAAACUAUAAAAAAGUCUUGCAGAACCUUUACAAAGAUAACUCUGAGCUUAGAUGUAAAAUAAAAAAGUUAGGAAAAUCCAUUAAUGAACGUAUAUUUCGCUAUCCAGCCAGGGUACAGGAGUACAGUGAUGAAAUAGGGAUUCAAACUGGUAGGUGCUUUGAAAAAGCAAGUAAUUAUAGUUCAACAUUCGAAUUGGAAAAACCGCUAUGGAAAAAACAUUUAGAAAAACAAAAUGAAAAAAAGGAGGGUAUAAAAGUGAAGCCGUUUGCUGCACUACCUCACAAAACUUAAACAAAAUUAUUAUCCUAAUAACAUCACAAGCACCACCUAUGUGAUCACUCUUCUUGUUAGAAGUCGCUCAUUUAAGUUACUUAAGGGUCUUUCCACGAAUUAGAAAACUGGGAACCAUAUAAUUAAAAAUUCCUCCCCUUAAGAAACUUAGUAAUUAACAUUUCUCUUCCUACCAGAGAAGAGUUUAAGAUAAUUAUGUAACCCUUGCAACUGUGAACACUGGGGAAAGGUUCUAACGGAAAACCCUUAUUGCGCUUACAACCUUAUAUUUAUAUAUUGUUUAAAUUUUUUUUUUUUGAAAUUAUGUUUCAAAUUUUUUUUAUAAUUUACGUGUUUUCUUUCAAGAAGUGUGAGACCUAUAUGCGUAAUA